CACCCGGAAGACACUCCCCUCCGCCUGCCCGGCCGCCGCUCGGUCCCUUCCUUCCUCCGCGGUGGACAGGACCCUCGGCUGAGGAGCCAGGAGCCAGCCAGCACCGGGCGCACCUGCACCCCAGGGACCCCGCAGCCCCGGAGCCUGAGGAGCCCGGGAGCGCCCGCAGCACCUGCACCCGAGGAGCCCGGGAGCCCGGGAGCCCCAAGGAGCCCAGGGCGCACCCGGAGCUGGGGAGCACCUGCACCCCAGGGUGCGAGGCCGCCCAGGGACCCGGCGACAGCAUGGAGCUCAGCCCGCUGCUCUGCUUGCUGCCCCUGCUGCCCGCGCUGGCCCUCGGCACCAGACAGGACUAUGAAGAUCUAGAAAAGCAGCUGAAAGAAGUCUUUAAGGAGAGAAGCACCAUUCUCCAUCAGCUGACAAAGACUUCAAGAGAACUUGAUGGGAUUAAAGUCAAUCUUCAGUCUUUGAAAAAUGAAGAGAAGUCAGCAAAAAUUGAUGUUCAGAAACUUCUGGAAAUAAGUGAGCAGCAAAGAGAACAAAUGAAGUCUCUCCAGGUGGCCCUGCACAAUCAACUUAAAGAGACAGCCGAGAAAGUAGAAAAACAACAGGCAACAAUUAAUUUUUUAAAGACUGAAUUGGAAAGGAAAACCAAGAUGAUCCGAGAUCUGCAGAAUGAGAAUAAAAGCCUGAAAAACAAACUCUUGUCAGGAAACAAGUUGUGCGGCCUCCAUGCUGAAGAGUCAAGAAGAAUUCAGGCACAGCUGAAGGAACUUCGUUAUGGGAAAAAAGAUUUACUACUUAAGGCCCAACAGCUUACGGAGUUGGAACAGAAAUUAGCUGUGGCCAGAAAUGAGCUGGAGAAAGCAGCGCUUGACAAGGACUCACAGAUGAAAGCAAUGAAAGAGACCGUUAAACUCUGCCUGUCGACAGUUUUUCAAAACCAGCCUCCUCCUCUUAGUCUGGCCAAGUCAAGUUCAACUCAGAUGCCCAGGCUGCUGCAGACAGUGGAUACUUUGACUCCAAGCUCAAGGAAAAGCUACCAGAUUCACCAGAACACUCCUGAUGUCAACGUGAACAUCCACAUUGAGACAGCCCACGGAGUCAGUCAGGCCACCACUGUGUGUGGUUCUCCAGAGGACAAAAACUGUGCAAUAAAGCAAGAAAACACCUCUAGCAAGGACAACACAAAAGCAAAAGCAACUGCACAGAAAUUACAAGUAUCUCCUUGUGCUGACUGUGAAGUAACAACAAAUCAAGAAAAACAAUUGACCAGCUUUGAAGGGAGGGUAACUAGAGAAGAGAAAAUAUUGUAAAAACCAAGAAACUGUGUAAAAAAAAAAAAAAACCCAUCCAUUUGCUGUUGUCUUCAUAUACUUUUUAGGCCACAAGCUUAAUGGAAAUACUAAGUUUUUAAAGCAUGCGACUUUUUCCACACUUUUAUGUAACUUUUUUAAUUAGUCAACUAAUUUUUUCCAAGAUUCCAGGCCAACUAUGAUCCUUAAGCAAUAACCUAAUUAAAACAAAUAUUCACAGUCCUAAACUGUUAAUGAGUAAACUUCCCAGUAAAAAAAAAUGGUCUAUUUCUAAUUCAAAGGUAAUAUAAUGUUUAAUCCUUCUUGUUUAUUUGCUACACAUACUUCUUUGAUCUAGCUUUAUAAAUCAGCUGUUCUUAGACACUCAGAAUUACUUGAACCCAAAUUGUAACAUUAAAGCUUUUGAUCCAUG